UCUUUCUCUCAAUUCAAUUCAAUCUCUUCUUCCUUCUUCCUUCUUCUCACUUUCACUCUGUUCAUUACCAUGGAGAUGGAGGUGGUGAUGCCGGUUCCUGCUACCGACUUCAAUUUUGAUAGUACUUGUUCUUCGCCUUACAUCACCGCUCCUUCUAGUCCUCAACGUUUUGGCAACUUCUUCUGUAGUGCCCCCACUAGUCCCUCUCGUGUCCCCUCCUCCUUCUAUCGUGACCUCAACAACCACCAUUCUUCUUCUUCUUCUUCUUCUUCAACCAAACUCUUCAAUGCUGAACAACAUCACAGCAACAACAACAACGAUGAUGAUGGUGAAGAUUUUGAGUUUAACUUCAGCGGUCAACUGCAGCGAACUUCUUUAUCAGCCGAUGAGCUCUUUGAUGGCGGCAAGAUUCGACCUCUCAAGCCGUCAACUAAUCACGAAUCAUCAUCAACUUCUCAGAAAAUUAAAGAUCCUGAGAAAGAAAAUAUGCAGCAGCAACAACGUGGCAGAGAAAGAGUUUCGAUUUCAAGCUGUUCUCGUAAAGGAACUCGAUCUUUGUCUCCUAUGAGAGUCACUGACAUAAUAUACGAGCAAGAAGAUGACAUUUCGCCAACUGCAAAGAUUAUUUCUUCCACAACCGAUAAUAAUAACAACAAUUCAGCUAAAUCUUAUGCAGCUUCAAUCCUCUCCGCCAUUUCAUUUUCAAAGAGUUACAAAAAGUGGAAGCUCAAGGAUCUCUUAUUGUUCAGAAGUGCUUCAGAGGGAAGAGCAACGGGCCCGGAUCCUCUCAGAAAGUAUUCGGUUUUGUCCAAGAAUAUUAACAAAGAGCCAGAGGAUGUGAAGAAUUCGAGCUUCAGGUCAACUGAUAGCGCCGGCUCAGUUUCCCGGCGGAGAGGAACGGUGUCGGCUCACGAGUUACAUUACACGGCGAACCGGGCGGUGUCUGAGGAGUUGAAGAGGAAGACUUUUUUGCCAUACAAGCAAGGAUUGUUGGGGUGCUUAGGGUUCAACCCUGGUCUGCAUGACAUUUCCAGAGGUGUUGGGUCUUUGCCACGUGGAUGAUUCAGAUUUCUCCAUCUGUUUCUCUCUUGAUAAAUAUAAAUUUUAUAUGAUUCUUUUGAUAUAUAUAUAUAUAUACAUAUGUUUUUGGUGUUAA